AUGUAUCUCCAAUCUUCUCUUGCAGUAGCCCUUCUCCGGGCUGCCGUGGUUCAUGGUUACGCUAAUCCGGGCGCUUGCUCUGGCGCCUGCAACAUCCAUGAUCCUGCCUUAAUCCAGAAUGGCGAUGGAACGUACUAUCGCUUUUCUACCGGGAAUGGCAUCUCCUUUGCUUCUGCUUCAUCCAUCGAGGGUCCAUGGACAGCUCUUGGGUCUGUUUUGCCUAGUGGAUCGUCGAUUGACAACUCCGGGAGUAAUGAUCCUUGGGCACCUGAUGUGCAGAAGGUGGGCAGCCUUUACCACCUCUACUAUGCUGUAUCGACUUUCGGCAGCCAAGAAUCUGCCAUCGGUCUCGCAACCUCCGAAACCAUGGAGGAAGGUACAUGGACCGACCAGGGCUCAAUUGGGGUUACAUCCACAACGGGUAACCAAUACAACGCCAUCGACGCAAACCUUCUGAUAGACGGCUCUGCCAACUACCUGACCUUUGGAUCAUUCUGGCAAGACAUCUUUCAAGUCACACUGAACGGAGACGCCACGUCUUCAACAUCAACGCCGGUUAAUGUUGCUUUCGAUCCGGCUGGUACACAUCCUGUUGAGGGUGCUUACCUGUACAAAUACGGAGAUUAUUACUACUUGUUUUACUCCUGGGGAACGUGCUGUGGCUAUGACCAGAGUAUGCCUGCCGCAGGGGAGGAGUAUAAGAUUAAGGUUUGUCGGUCGAGCACGCCGACUGGGGGCUUUGUCGAUGCGAACGGUGUUGCAUGCACGGAUGGCGGUGGUACCGUCGUUCUUGAAAGUCAUGAUAAUGUCUAUGGGCCUGGUGGACAGGGUGUCUACACCGACCCGAGCCUUGGCCCUGUACUCUACUACCACUACGUUGAUACGACUAUCGGGUAUGGUGACUCCCAGAAGCUAUUCGGAUGGAACGUCAUCGACUUCUCGAGUGGAUGGCCUUCUGUAUAA